ACAAAAUACAAUGUGUCAAUGUCAAACCAUAGAUUGUCACAAUUUCGAUUCAAAAUAGAUACCUUUGAAUUUUUCCAAUUUCCCGAUAUUUAUUAAAUCCAAUGGGCUCAUCACAAAGUUCUGAAGUACCGGGAGGUGGUUCGGAGGGCUACCACGUGUUACGGGUCCAAGAAGGUUCUCCGGGUCAGAAGGCUAAUCUCGAACCGUUUUUCGAUUUUAUAGUAGCUAUUGAAAACACUAGAUUAGAUCAAGACAAUGAUACGCUAAAAACUCUACUAAAACAGAAUAUUGAUAAACAAAUAAAAAUGCUUAUUUAUAGCACAAAAACUCAAUCGGUGAGAGAGGUGGUGAUUACACCCAGUGAAAACUGGGGAGGGCAAGGCCUUCUAGGUGUCAGUAUUCGAUUUUGUUCUUAUGAAGGUGCAAAUGAAAAUGUUUGGCACAUUUUGGAAGUUCAUCCAUCAUCACCUGCAGAAUUGGGUGGUUUGAGGCCAUUUUCAGAUUAUAUAAUUGGAGCAGAUUCUAUCAUGCAUGAAAGUGAAGAUCUUUUCACUAUAAUUGAAGCUCACGAAGGAAGAGCAUUGAAACUUUAUGUAUACAAUAUUAAUGAUGAUGCAUGCCGUGAAGUUGUGAUUACACCAAAUCACACGUGGGGAGGUGAAGGAAGUCUCGGAUGCGGCAUUGGCUAUGGCUAUUUGCAUAGAAUCCCUAUCAGAAACAGUCAAAUUGCACCAAACCAAAAUUAUAUUCCACCAGCUAUGGCACCACAAAAUAUGCAGCAGCAACAGCAGCAGUUUUUGGUAUCAGGUGUUCAAAACAUAAAUAUAUCCAACGAAGCAACACCACUUGUUAAUACUAACCCAAGCACAAAUAUAGAAUCAAUUCAAGUUUCACAACCACAAUUUCUGUCUGGAGUGCCAAUGGUUAACCCUGGAGCUUACACAAGCCAAACUAGCAAUGUUCCUCCGGGACAAGUGAACAUUCCUCCACCUGCAUCUCUACCACCAAUGUCACAAACACAGUCUAUGGUGUCCAAUAUGGCAGCAUACUCCAGCAAUCUUGCUGAUGCUACAUUGACUAAUUUAGGUAGUAUACCCUCAGUUUCUAAUAUGCAACCCCCAGCACCUUUACCAAAUUUACCAGGUAUUCCUAUGAAUCAGCCGCAGCCUUAUAUACCAAUAAUGCCAAAUUAUAACCAACCCUUAGUACCAUCUCCAGCUCCAUUGCCACAGACUUCUCAGAAUUUAGUACCAACAUUUGAUAUGAGUAGUUUCACCCAAGCCCCUAUUCAGCCUCCACCUUUGAGCAGUGGGUUACCAGUGGUAACGCCAGUAUCAUUACCGGGGAUGCCUUCCAUAACUGUUAGCGCUACAUUGCCUGUCUCUACCAUGCAAGAAAUACAUCAACAGCAAGUUUCACAACAUCAAGAUCUGUUAUCGUAGAAGUAUCUUGACAGACUUCCUUAUGCUUCCUUCGGAGUAUGCUCCAUCAAACAGGUCCCGUAGAGAUAACAGUAAUUGUGCAACAAAAAUUGAAUUUAUUCAUACACAAUUAGUAGUUAGUUACAUUCAUGAUAAUUAUCUAAUUAUUAUUACUUUUUUGCAGUAAAAAGCUGAAAGUAACAUUAAUCAAUUUUCUUUGUCAUCUUUUUUUCCCUACAUGAUGUUGUAGUAUGGGUUUUCUCAACAAAAUUUCCUAAAUAUGUAGUCAUUAACUACAUCUACGAGUACGUAUUUCACUUGUGGCCGCUCUAAGAAGAUGUUUCAUAUUUUGUUAAAAAUAUCCUUGUACCUAUAAGUUAUGAGUAUUUUUGUUACUAAAAUAUAUCCUUCCAUCCAUCCACACACCCAUCCAUAUGUAUUUCUUUAAUAUCACAUUAUAGAAAUAUAUAUUAAAAUCAAUCGUAGAUAAUUGAUUGUACCUGUCUAUAGAAUAAAGCUGCGUUUUCACUAGGAACAUAUCGUCCGACAUUCACGUGGUAUGUCCCCGCAGCUAUGUGGGACAAGGUGGCUCGACAUUUGACAUGUCAAGACACUAUCCAGUUGUGAAUGUCGCCCGAAGCUUUUGCGGUAAGGCAGUGCGGCUUACAUAGUUACAUAAUUAUAUAUUAUCGAAACGUAAAAAAGAUGGUAGGUUCGACAAUAUUUGCUACAGAGGAAAAGUACAAGUCUUCAGUCUUCAAUAAACAGUCUUCGAACGUGCGACGGAUCUAUCUAAAAUUUUACUAGAAUGUCUAGAACUGAUUUCGAAAUACUUAUUUAAAUAUCGAUGGAAUUGUCAAGCAAGAUACAAAUGAAAGCUAUACUCACUUUUUUUAAUUUUUGCAAUCAAGAUUGAAGUAUUCUACAAUAAUUCAGAAAUGGGAGUCAAUACGCUCUUGCCUCUCUCUCAAACAUCCAUGGUCGGAACUGGAAUACAGGAAUAUCGACCCGUAGAAAAGGCAAGCGUCCACGGGACACAUAAAUAUCGUGUUGAACGACGGUCGCGGUAAAAAUUAAAAAUUUCCCCUAGUGAAAACGCGGCUUUAGGGCCCUUUGUUAAUAUUACCGUCUGCAUUAUAAUUUUAGUACGAAUGUACCUAUUUAAUAUGUUUAUUGUGUUUAUAUAUUUUGAUGUACAUAUAGUAGUAUAAAACUUGUUUAUAAAAACGAAAUGGCCUUUCAUAUAACGCACCGCAGGAAGAUUUUUAAACAGUUUUAUUAGGCUGUAUGUCUCCUAUUAACAAAAAUUCAACGUAUGUUGUGCUGCGAUGUUUGCCUCAAGACGAGCCGUCAUGCACAUCGCGACCAACACACGAUGAGGUUUGCCGGACGUCAUGCCGGCAGCGCUGCAGGCACGUGAGGAUAUCGGACCGUGGGUGGCUAGUAUACGGGCGCGCGGUCAGUGGCAGGUGGUGCCAACCACAUCUUAAUUGCAACAACGGUUGAGUAACUUAAUUCCAUCUGCACACUUUACACCUUUAUGGGGAUGGAAAAUCCAAUUUAUAAAUGCAAUUAUGGAAAUUGCAAUUACAAACAAUCUUUGACGUUAUGAAAUUAUUUAUGGCGAAUGGAUGGAGCGACAAUGUUUUUUUUUAUUAUUUUAUAAUUGUGUUGUCAAUCAAAUGUUUUUUUUUCAAUUGUGUCUAUUUUUAUUAUUAGUUAAUUUGACUCUACUACCUACAUAUAUGCUUAUAUUAUUUACGUAAUAUGAAUAUAAUUGUUUGAAUGUUAUAACUGCUAUAAUUUUGUUUAGUUCUUUGUUGAUAAUUUUGAAUGGCAUUUAAUAUUUAUAAAUUAAAAAAAAAUAAGUCUGUUAUUAUAAAUAGCUAUCACAUGUAUAAAGUAAAUAAAAGAUGGAGUGAGUAAUCGAUGACUAGGUAAUGUUAUUGUGAUUUACUAAUAGGUAUGUACCUACUGGUUUGCCUUUCUUAUAUUUUAAUGCAUAUUUUUAGCACGAAAAUAAAAUAUACAAUCAAAGAUUUA